GGAGGCCUCCGCGGGGGGCGGAAGUGAGAGAGAGCGGCGCUUCUUCCGGUUGGGCCUAGCCAAGGAGGGAGAGGCAGCCAGGCUUCUUCCCAGACUCAUAACCCGGAUCCUUCCCUCGGCAGAGAAGGCCGUCCUGCGGAAAGGAGAGAGGCUCCAGGGCAGCGGGAAUGGCGGAGCCUCUGCAGAAGAAGCUCCGGCCCGAAGUGGAGAAGGACCAGCAGCUGCAGGAAGGUAACUUUCGAACAAGUUCUGCAAAGAACACCUUGUGAGAGCUUUGCCCAAGGAGUGUUGUAAGUCCAAAGUGACCUCAAGAUACACAACAAUAACAACAAGAAAAAAAUACCUGUGCUGUUAAGGUGAGGAAAUAAGAACGUUCUGAAAAAAGAGAGGCUUGGGAAAGCAAGCAGAAGGCUAAAGCAAUACAAAAACUGUACUGUUCAGGAGGUUUAAAUCUGUGAACCCCUGGCAAAAAGUUUGAAUUAUAAAUGUAAAAGAAUGGCAAGUCCCCUCCCUCCCUAUCCUAGAGCAGACACAGGGGAGAACUUACAUCAGUGUAUGGAGUGUGGAAAACAAUUUGAAAAGAAGCGUUCUCUUACUCUACAUGAACGGACCCACACACGGGAGAAGCCACAUAAAUGUGUGGAAUGUGGAAAGAGCUUCAGUGAGAGUGGCCAUCUACGGUCCCAUCAAAGGAUCCACACAGGGGAGAAGCCACAUAUAUGCAUGGAAUGUGGAAAGAGCUUCAGUCGCAGUGGCACUCUACGUUCCCAUCAAAGGAUCCACACAGGGGCGAAGCCAUAUAAAUGUAUGGAAUGUGGAAAGAGCUUCAGUGAGAGUGGCCAUCUACGGUCCCAUCAAAGGAUCCACACAGGGGAGAAGCCACAUAAAUGCAUGGAAUGUGGAAAGAGCUUCAGUCAGAGUGGCACUCUACGGUCCCAUCAAAGGAUCCACACAGGGGAGAAGCCACAUAAAUGUAUGGAAUGUGGAGAAAGUUUCAGUCGCAGUAGCAGUCUACGUUCCCAUCAAAGGAUCCACACAGGGGAGAAGCCAUAUAAAUGUAUGGAAUGUGGAAAAAGCUUCAGUCACAGUUGCACUCUACGUUCCCAUCAAAGGAUCCACACAGGGGAGAAGCCAUGUAAAUGUAUGGAAUGUGGAAAGAGCUUCAGUCACAGUUGCACUCUACGUUCCCAUCAAAGGAUCCACACAGGGGAGAAGCCAUAUAAAUGUAUGGAAUGUGGAAAAAGCUUCAGUCUGAGUGGCCAUCUACGGUCCCAUCAAAGGAUCCACACAGGGGAGAAGCCAUAUAAAUGUAUGGAAUGUGGAAAAAGCUUCAGUCGCAGUGACACUCUACGUUCCCACCAAAUGACUCACUCAGUACAGAAGCCAUAGAAGUGCAUAGAAUGUGGAGAAAGUUUCAGUCAGAGUAACUAUCUCGAUUCCUUCCAAAUCUAUCUACAUUGCUUUCAAAGGAGCCACAUCGUAGAGAAGCCGUAUAAAUGCACGGAAUGUGGGAAGAGCUUUAGAGGAUGUUCAGCAUACAAUAAA